UUGGGUGUUUCACAGUCUUUUUUAAUGAGUUUCGUCGGGUUUCUUUGUUUUGUGACUGCUUCUAAUGAGAUGGAUCUCAAGGUUGUAUAUAGUAUGCAUACUUUGAUAAUAAAUAUACUUUGGAGCUUGUUCAAAUUUCAUGUCCUUUUGGGGAGUGACAGUUAUUUUUCGCGCUUCUUUUGCUACUGUCUGCUCAUUGGAGAAUUGGGCAGCUCGCUGAUUGGGUGAUUCCACAUCACCAAUCGGAGAAAGCAUUGCCCCACCAAUCAUAAGUGUCCUUCCGCAGUCCUCGAGAAGCUAUAAAAUUGGUGAAUGCGAAUCAUUUCCUCAUUCUUUGUAAAGGAAUUUGCUAAAAUGACUGGACGAGGGAAAACCGGAAAGGCCAAGAGCAAGCCCAAGUCUCGCUCGUCCCGGGCCGGACUGCAGUUCCCGGUGGGCCGUGUUCACAGGCUCCUGAGAAAGGGUAACUAUGCUGAGCGGGUGGGUGCCGGAGCCCCGGUCUAUCUGGCCGCUGUGCUCGAGUAUCUGACGGCUGAAAUCCUCGAGUUGGCCGGUAACGCGGCCCGGGACAACAAGAAGACCCGCAUCAUCCCCAGACACCUGCAGCUGGCCGUCCGCAACGACGAGGAGCUCAACAAGCUGCUGGGAGGGGUGACCAUCGCUCAGGGCGGGGUGCUGCCCAAUAUCCAGGCCGUGUUGUUGCCCAAGAAAAGCGGCGCGCCCGCCAACCCCAAGGGCAAGUAAAGAGACAAAGCGACAAUUUAGAAACCCAAAGGCUCUUUUCAGAGCCACUCAGAUUGUCUGUGGAAGGGCUGAGCACCGGCUGGGGUGGGUCCGGGGAUUUCCGUUCUGUGUGUCUGUUGUACACACCAAGCAACUUAAACUUGGUCUAAAUCGCAUUUCCUCCCUUAAAAGAAUCUGUGCAGAGUGCUCACCCGGAUUCUCUCCCAUUCCCGGAUCACUUCAUUUCAUAGAAAAUGAUUUUUUCCCCCGCUGUUGUCUCUACUUCCGGGAUCCUGUAGAGCGGCGCUUGAUUGGCGGUAAAUCUCUCAUACCCAUUGGUGAGUGAAACAGCUUCGUUAACUCACGAACAGGCGGCAAUAGGAGCUGUGCCUCAACCAAAAUCGUAAAGUCCAAGCGGAAAAUAUUUCUAGACUGUUCUAAUUACAGAUGUUUGUGAAUAGGAACCGUCACAUGACCCUGAUCCAUAU